AUGCUGCCGUCUUCACUUCUUUUGCUGGUAUCGCUCGGCGCAGGACUCGUUCAGUCCAAGCAUACACUUGACGAUCUCUACCUGGAAAACGCGCCGUCGUCGCCGCGCCCCUAUGUCAUCCCGCAUUACGCCAACUCCCAUGCUGUCACCAUUGGAAGCCAGUUGUACCGCUUCACGGUGACAGGGCCCUCCUCGGGUCAUGCGUUCACUUUGAUGAGUACCAAUGCUCCCGCCAGUGGGUCACUCGGCGUGCUGCCCCAUAUCCACCGGGCUCAUUAUGAGAAUUUCUUUGCAUUCAAGGGCCGGUUCCAGCUCUGGGCCCAGAAGGAUAAAAAGGAGCAGCAGGCACGGCUGUUGACGCAGGGUGAUUAUGGGUCGGUCGUCCGCAAUACGACACACACCUUCCAGAUAUUGGAUCCAGACACCGAGAUGGUUGGAGUGAUUGUUCCUGGUGGUUUCGAGGACCUCUUCUAUAACCUGGGCACGAACUAUACUUCGCGCACAGACACCCCCUACGUUCCCAAAGCCACCAAUGGCUCUGCCGCCACCGGCCCCAGCGGCAGUGGCAUCUCAUCGCUCCAGAAGUUCGACGUCUACGCACAGCUCGACUUCCAACCCCGCCGUGAUCUGGUAAACGGUACCGCCCCCGUCUUCAGCAGCGAAUGGCACACGGACGCCAACACCCUCGGAGCCCCAGGCGAGCCCUACUUCGUGGCCAACGGGUAUGGCCCGAAGUAUCUGAAUUCCCAGCACGGGUACCAGAUUGUCCAGCCGCUUGUCACGCCCAAGCAGGCCCAGGAUACCAACUAUACUCUGUCCACUAUCUCGAUCAGCCGCCAGACGAAGACCCAUGCGCCGUCGUGGACUCUGGCUGGCGCUGCAGCCUUUGAGGUCUUGGAGGGUGUAUUGUCUAUCCAGAUUGAUGAUUACCCUGUAGCACGGCUGAAUAUGGGCGAUGUUGCGUUUAUCCCUGCUCGGGUGCCGUUUUCUUAUUAUAGUGAGGUUGCUUUCACCAAGGUGCUCUAUGUCAGCGGCGGUACCAAGGGUGUAGAUCAGCAGCUGGUUCAGAGGGGGAAGAGCUGGGAUUUUGUUACGUUCCCGACGUCUUGA